UCUAGAUAUCUCUCUCUCACACACACACACACACACACACACACUCUCUCUCUCUCUCUCUUUCUCUCUCUCUCUCUCUCUCUCUCUCUCUCUCUCUCACACACACACACACACAUCUUUAUCUUCAUGCUUUCGUUCACUUUGUAGUUUCUUGGAUGAAAUUCAGACUCCAUUAUCAUGAACUACACACUUAUGGCUUGUUUUCUUCUGUUCUUGGUGAACCUCUCAGCCACAGCCGAAUUUCAAGUUCAUCAGAAGCCCAGGUUUUAUGGCGUCAAAGAGGGAAACCUCAUAGGAAUUAUGUGUUCGGGUUCUGAUCAGACUCUCGGUCAGGCGGUGGUGAAGUGGUACAAGUUCAAAACAUUUUCGAAGAAGAACAAUGAAACUAAGAAUAAGGAUGAAUUUAGGAAUCCCAGAGCAUCUAAUAACGUAGGUGACAUGAAGAGUCAGUUACUCAUUAAGAACGUAGAGGUCGAAGACAGUGGCAUUUACUACUGCAUGAUGAACACAACCUUGGGACCUGGAACAGAGCUACAAGUGUUCAGACAGGGAAAUACGGAAGUGGCUGAAAAGAGGAACUAUAUCAAAGACAUAAUCAUUUACUUCCAGGGGUUUCUACUCCUAUUGUGUAUUAUUGGUCCCAUGAUCUGGUAUUAUAAACUGGAGCAUAAAGAGGAAGCUGUAUACGAGGAGCCUGAGCACGAUCAUACAUAUGAGGGUUUGGAGAUCGAGCAUUGUGGAGACCUCUAUGAAGACCUAACAGCAUUCGCUCCAGCCCCCGAUACAGAUGCGGCCUGGGAGAUCGAGUCUCCAGAACAGGAGUAAUAAAGCGGUGAUGCAGCGUACAUCUCAUGUUACAUAGUCCUCCUGAUCGAUCUUUUUCUUUAUGGAUCGAUAGAUUAGGAAUACGUUACAUUAUUAACUGCAUAUUACAAAAAGGUUUUUUAUUUUCAUCAUGUGCUUCAUUUUCCACACAAACGCUCAAUAUAUAAUAUAAUAUAACCUAAUAACAACUUGCACUUACAUAGCAGUUAGCUUCUUCCUUUUGUUUCAUUAAAAUAGCAAGAUCUUUUUUUUUUUUUUUUUUUUUUUAAUUCACCAGCUUAAGCUUAUUCGUUUAAUGGUGCUGUGUACAUUAGCAAUGAACAUACAGUAUUUUGUAGAAAAUCUUGAUGGAAAUGCCUGAAUAUGAGAUUUGUUGCACCAGAAUAAAGACGCGUGGCCAUCA